AUUGAUGUUUUCCAUCGCAGAAGUCCAGAGAUAUUAAAAAUGGCUGAAGCUGAAGAAGUGUCAGAAACCACCCAAGAGCUGUCUCUUGUUUGCCCAUCUGACAUUGUGUUUUGCGACUCUGGAGAAGAUGUUGUUCUGUUGUGUCGUCUUGAUCCAUCUAUCAGCGCUGUUUCAAUGGAGAUCAUGUGGAAGAAUAAGGCUGAUUUAAUCUGUCAUUAUAAAAAUGAACGGGUGAUAGAGAACUAUGAGGGUCGAGUGAGUCUCUCAGUGGAUGAACUAUGCAAUGGAAAUGUGUCUUUGACUCUGAGAGACAUUAGGAGAUCACAGAGGGGACUGUACAUUUGUGAGGUCAUCCAUAGAUGUCAAACAUUAAAGGAAUACAUUUUUCUAAAUAUCAGCUCUGAAGACUUUAAUAUUGUGGUUCCUACUGACCCUGUGAUUGCGGAUCCUGGAGAUGAUGUCACCUUACCUGUUCAUCUCUCACCUGAAACCAGUGCUCUGUCCAUGACAAUUAGAUGGUACAGAGAGACAGAGCUCAUUUAUCAUUUUAAGAGUGGUCAGGAGGAAACACACGGUGCCUAUGAGAGCCGAGUGAGUCUGUCCAUCCAGCAGCUGAGGAGAGGAAAUGUGUCUCUGACUCUGAGAAAUGUUCAACAGUCUGAUUCAGGAGACUACACAUGCAAAGUUUCUCAUGAAGGAUGUCUGCAGAGGGGGAAAGUUCACCUGCAAGUGACAGAGCUUGAGAUGUGUGAAAAUCUUUCAAAAUACAGACCGAUGCCCGAAGUCGAACAACUGUUGCAAAGGAUCUUGCCGUUUGACCAUGAUAGCUUGACACUAAUAAAAAGUGUGAAAGGUUUGCUGGAUGAAGUGGAACAAAUAAUUGAUUUUGGAGAUUCAACAUAUAGCCACAUAAUCAGACAACGACUUCAUCCGAGCAUUGUGGAUGAAGACGUUAGAAGGCGGUGGAAAGAGUUAAUGGAAAUAUUCAGGCAAUCUCAGGAGCAUCUCAGACAUCUGAUGUUUUUGUCUCACCCAACGACAGAAGUGGAUGAAGACGUUAGAAGGCGGUGGAAAGAGUUAAUGGAAAUUAUUAGGCAAUUUCAGGAGCAUCUCAGACAUCUGAUGUUUUUGUCUCACCCAACGACAGAAGUGGAUGAAGACGUUAGAAGGCGGUGGAAAGAGUUAAUGGAAAUAUUCAGGCAAUCUCAGGAGCAUCUCAGACAUCUGAUGUUUUUGUCUCACCCAACGACAGAAGUGGAUGCAGACGUUAGAAGGCGGUGGAUGGAGAUAAUGGAAAUAUUCAGGCAAUCUCAGGAGCAUCUCAGACAUCUGAUGUUUUUGUCUCACCCAACGACAGAAGGAUCAACACCUAGACGCAGAAAUAGUACCGAAGGACUUCGUCCAUACAUGGAUGAAGAGAAUGCCAGUCAACAAAUAGAGAGUAUGCGAAGGCAAAUGACAGCAGUAGUUUUAUCUCAAAGAGCUGGCGCACAAAUAGAAGGGGUCGCUGAGGCCACAACGCAAAUGGUUCAAGAAAGGAGACAAGAGAGUAUUGCCAUAGAGCAACAGAGAUCCCCCUUAGAACUAUACAGACCAUCUUUAUAUUCAAUAAUGCUAAUAGAUCUGGACCUUAGGCAAGACAAUGUCACCUGGCCAGCUGUACAAUCACAGGUACAUGAAAGAGAAAGAACACCAGAGUCAGCCACUAGAAGUAGGAGACGAGAAAGGUCAAAAGACAAAAAACAAGAUGAGAGUAAAUGACAAAUUUUGUAGAACCUUAUAGAAUCAAUGCAAAAAAGUCAAUGCUUCUAAUCUAUAAGUGCAUAGAUUGACAAUUUGCUUUUCUGACAUGUAUAGUCCUAGCUUGAAAGGCUCUUUUGAUAUUGUAUAUUAAAUGUUUACACUGGUGGUGUUUAAAACAAUCCAUAGAUUGUAUAUUGACUCUUAAAAUACUUACAUAUUUGUAACUACGACUUUAAAAUUUUACUUUACAUGACCCAGUAGGCUGAAAUUCAUAGAAAUUUUAACUCAAAUUGUUAUUGUGAUAAAAAAAAAAUCAUCACAAAGACAAGGGAUUUUAGUCAUUUUGUAUUUUUACUAUAAAUAGCAUUCAAAACAAAUUAGCUCUUUCAUGUUACAUUAGAUUAUUGACGAUCUGAGAUGACUGUUAUUUUCCCGCGCGCCACGUCACAUCACCUCUCGAACUCGCGUGAGUCCUCCCGCCGCCCACGCGUGACAUCUGGAGUAGAGAGAGAGAGAGAAAAAAAACAUGAAAUAAAUAAAUAAAUGAGCAAGGUGCAGUUCCGCCAGGAGCCCCGAGUGAGUGAGAGUGUGUGUGUACGCGCGCUCGCGUGUGUGUGAAUGUGUGUGUGGCGUCUGUCUGAAACAUGAACUGCUUGCUUUAGACAUCCAGGAGUGAUUUCAAAACGCAGGAAAUAUCCU